GCGGGCGGCGGAGGUGCUGCGGUGUGUCCGGGGGUCAGGGCGCUGAGCAGCCGCGGCGCCGCGGGUUGGCCGCCAUGCCGGGCCGCCCGUCCUCACAGAGGAAGCAGGUGCGGUUCGCGCGGGCCCCGCAGGAGGAGGACGAGGAGACGCUGUUUGAGAAGCGCGGCCUCAGCAACGGCGCGAGCGCCGAGAGGGGAGACCGGCCCCGGGGCGAGGAGCUGCCCCACAGCGAGGUGCGGGGGCUCGGCGGCAGGAGGCGAGGCCGCGGGUCCAGCACUCUCCUCGUGUGCUCCUCCUUCCUCGGAUUGGGGAUGAGCAUUGCUAUCUUGGGACCUACGUUUAACGAGCUGGCAGUUAACGUGAACAAGAACAUCAGUGAGAUUUCCUAUAUCUUCGUGGGCCGCUCUCUAGGCUAUGUAGGUGGCUCACUGAUUGGUGGGGUGCUUUUUGACUGCACAAAUCACUAUUUAUUACUUGGAUCUUCCAUGUUGAUCACUUCACUUGGAUUAUUCGCGAUUCCGUGGUGUACAAAAGCUUUGCUGUUGACUGGUUUGUUUUCCCUCAUUGGAGUUUCCAUGGGUUUCUUGGAUACAGGUGGAAAUCUUGUCAUCUUGACAGUUUGGGGAAAUCAAGCCGACCCCUUCAUGCAGGCCGCGCACUUCAGUUUUGCUUUAGGUGCGUUUGUGGCUCCAAUCCUUGCAAAGCCCCUGCUCGGCAUCUUACAGCAGGAUUUCAAUCAAACCAAGCAUGAUGUGCUUCUCAAAGAAACCUCUCGAAUGCAUGUAGACAGUUUCAUCAGUUCCUUGGGAAAGACACUUUCCGACUUCAGCCCCUUCGUCUGGACGUAUGUAAUUAUUGGAACCUUUAAUUUGUUGAUUGCCUUAAUGUUCUUCAUAAUUUAUUCAAAGAACCACCAGAAUCGUGGGCAAAUGGAGAAUGGAGAGAAAGAAACUCCGUUUUCAAAAUAUCACAACGCUCUAAUUUUCCUGCUGUUCUUCUUCUUUUUAUGGUAUGUGGGAGCGGAGGUGGCAUACGGGUCCUACAUCUAUACAUAUGCAAAGAAUUUUGUCCACAUGGAGGACAAUCAAGCUGCUGGCCUGAACGCCUUGUUCUGGGGAACGUUUGCAGCAACAAGAGGGUUAGCCAUACCUUUUGCGGCCUGCAUCCACCCGGGAACGAUGAUCCUGUUGAGUUUAAUAGGCUGCACCAUUUCCUCCCUGUUCCUAACACUUUAUAAGACCAGCGUGAUCUCUCUCUGGGUAUGGACUGGUGUUUAUGGAGCCUCCAUGGCCACCACCUUUCCAAGUGGCAUUUCCUGGCUUAAGCAGUACACUAGCAUCACGGGGAAAUCGGCUGCGCUGUUUGUAGUUGGAGCAGCCUUGGGAGAGAUGGUGGUUCCAGCAGUGGUUGGAUAUCUCCAAGGCCUCCCUGUUGUUAACAGUUACCCAGUGCUGAUGCUGACAGCUUUGGGCACUGCCACAAUGACGGCCAUUUUGUUCCCUGUGAUGUACAAGUUGGCCUCCUCCACCCCUCACAGUAGUUUCAAAGCAAGCGAGAGUGAAGACAGGAAAGCGUUGCUGGGAGAGGGGCAGAAUGAGUAUGAAGAUGACGAGCCGGAAGAUUGGAAUGAUGCAGAUUUUGAAGUCAUUGAAAUGAGCGAUGUAAAGAAUGGCACAGACAGAACUCCUGUGGGAGAGGCCUCAACAAAAUCCUCGGAGCAAGCCUCCCCCAGUCACAGUGCUCUGCCUCACUCCUCUCCUGUUUUUCUCGGAGGCUCGCCAAAAAAGGCUCUUUUCAACCCUGAGAGGGAGAAAAAUGACUGAAUACUGAAGAGGAAGUGGAACUCGUGAUUUAAAGCAUAUUUUACUCACAAGAAUAUACAAUGGCCUGUCCCCUGGAGGAAUACAGUUUAAGGUCACAGUAGAUCUGGUUUCAUGAAAAUCCUCCAAUUACCCAUUUAUAAAGGUGAAAUUGUGAAUACCUAAACAAGUAGGUUGUUUGUCUGCUCUCAUUAUGAUGGAGGUUAAAUCAACAUUGGUUUCAAAUAAAUGGGGCUCUAAGAAAGGGUAAAUGUUGAUGUUCAAAGUUGUGGUUAAAUUGUUACAUGAUUCCAUGAUAAAUUUGAGUCCUUGCAGUUUUGUAACCUCUCUAGCAGGAGUGUAAUGUAGGCUUGGAGUAAUAAUGUUCCAAACUAGUUCUGAUUAUGUUCAAUUAUGCGUUUCUCAACCUAAAUGGAAUUGUGAUGUGAGCUAACACUGUGAAGGUAUUGUGUGGAUAAACGGUUUUGCAGCAAGAUCAUGAUAUGGCAGAGACUGAAGCUAGAAUUCCCCUGUAAUUGUCUCCCAGCUCCACUCUUUCCUCUCUGACUAUCCCUGUAUAGGUUCCUCCUCUGCUUCAACCCCAUUCAAAGUAUCAAGACAGCCCUGGUCAAAGUUACAAAUGACAUUAUGUUCUGAGACCAGCUCUCCUUGUCCUCAAUCUCUCUAAACUUUUUGACACUGUUGACUGCGCCAUCCUUUUCCACUGUCUCCUAUCUGAUUCACGUCAGAGCUCAGCACUUUACUGGUUGCCCUUCUACACGUCAGCGUGUCUACUUUUUCAUCCAAUGGCUUCUCUUUGUGCCUCCAAAGCACAGCGUCCCAGCAAAGAGUCCCACAUGGGGACCAUUACAUUUGUGCUGGCUUGCUUGGCUCCCACCCAUCCCCACCCCCCCCACCCCCAGCUGCCCUUCGAAACCUAUGACUCUGGGCUAUGACUUGCAUGUCUUUCCCUCAUCUCAGCAACAGCACCUAUCACUGUCACCAUCUCUUCUCCAAGGCUACUGAGACCCUUAUUCACACCUUCACUAUACCUACCUACACAAGCUGCAGACCACCCACUCCUCUGCUCAACAAAUGGCAGCUUGUUUGAAGUCUCCCCGCUGCCUGAUUUCAGCCAUUGUGCCCUCAAUGUCCCUGUCUUCAAAACACGUCUUAAGACCUAUCUUUUCAAAUGCACUUUUGGCUACCUCCCUCCCCCCCAUCCCAGCUCCACUGCAGCUCUCAGGGCAGGUGUGAGAACUGCUUUGAGAUGUCCUCCCAAUGCGAAGGGCGCUACAUAAAUGUGAAUUGUUGCAAUGACUGAUGUGAUUUUGACUCUGUGCAGAAGAGUUUAUUUUAUUUUCUCAGCAAUCCUGGGUGACAUAGCUUUAUACGUUGCCAUUCUGUGAACAGUUAAAGCUAAUUAGUUGACUUGGCAGUUCAGAAUUCUGCAUCUCUUUGUUCAGUAUAGCAUUCUGGCUGAACUUUGCAUACUUUAAAAUGCUGUGAUUUGCUUGUACACCACCAGAGAGCUGGUGGAGCUGUGCCACAUAACAGUGUUCCUGCAUUGAAAGCUCAGAUACUUUUACGGUUUCAUGUCAGAGUGAAUAACAAGAACUGGACACUUGAAUAGUGGCAGUGGUGGACUGACUCUGCCUCACAGUUGAUCAAUUUACCAAUCCAGAAUUCCUCAGUACUAUAUAUAAUUUAGUUACUGUAUUACUUCACUGUUGUUUGGAAAGAGGGGGCAGCAUAGAAUGACACGCUAGGAAUUGAAGGCAAUCAUUCUAUUCUCUCUAUUAAUUUUCAGUUGCAAUAUUAUCCCUUCUCUUCUAAUCACUUGCUUUAUAUGAGUAUAUAGUUUGUAGAGAAACUUGAUUUUUAGGUAGAAAUGUUUUAAGGAUUAUUUUUAAGCCUCCUUCAACCUAGCACCAAAGUUGGUGUACAUCCACAAAGGUUUCUGUUAAGAAACAUUAAAUUAGUACAAGCUUGUAGUGAUUUGAUGAACUUGUGGAUUGGUGAUUGAAACCUUAAUGGAUGUUUAUAUUGAAACUGAAAAUUGAGUUGCUGCUCAAUAAAGAUAUAGAUGUGUACAAUUAUAAAUCUGGUGAUGUCAUUGGAUAUUUGCACCAAAGAAAGACACUUUGAAAUAACACUACAAGAGUACUGUGACUAACAAAUCAUGGAGACUGAUUUGCCGACUAGUAAAAUCAUUUAUUUCAGACUAGGAGAAAAAAAAUAUAACUGAGCACUGCAGUGAUCAGGUAAAGCAUAUAUUUAUUCUUUUAAAAUCUCUUCAUUUCGCAGGUUAGUGAUUAAGUUACCUUUCAUGAUGUAAUUGGGAGCAGAUGCUCUGUGGAAGCUUAAGUGUACAUAAAAAUGGACAUGAAUUGACCUGAGCAGAUGUAAACAUUUAGUGUCUUUUCAGUAUUUUUAAGAUGUUAAUGAGCUGUAUAUUAAUGUUGGGAUCUUUAUUAGUGACAUUGAUAUCUAUUUGUGAAAAUUUAAGUACCAAUGAAAUGCAUUUCUUGUCACUGUGCACCUCUACUGUGUGUGCUUUUCUUAGUACUAUAUUGUAAUCACAAUGCUGUGUGUUUGGCCUUUUAUCAUUUGUAAUGGAGAAAGCUGCUGGGGGUGGUUAGGAUUUUAGUGUCUGUCACUUCUAUGUAUAGAUGAUUACAAUUGCUUCAAAUGUUGGUCUUGAUUUAAUUGUAACGUUUUAAAUAUUUUGAAUGCCUGAAAGCAGAAAGGGUCCUUUCUUCAAAAGGUAAAUCAGAUUUGAGUAGCUGUUAUUGAUCCAAGGAUAUUGUGUGUGCUCUCUUUCUUGCCUUGCUGUGCACAAGUCAAAUAACCUGCAAUUUCUGCACUUUUUGGUGUUUACCCCAUGGAUUCAGUCAGUUAAUUUAGAAAUGUACAUGUUUCCUGUAGAACUCUGCUCUCCAUUAGAUACUUCUGAAAGACUAGUUUUGUCAGGGUUGCUGCAUGUAAAAGAUUUGGAUACAAACAAUUUACUGUGUUUUGGAUGUGAGUUUCAGUACUUGUUGCUGGUUACAUUUCAUAACUGGCUGGGCAGAUCCACUCAAACAGGAUUCAAUCUUAUAGGGCUACUUAAAUGUGAAUUUCAUGUUUCACUGUGGGUGGGGGGGAAUCUUGUAUUUGCUGUUAGUGUUAUAGAACGCCCUGUGUAGACUUAUGCAACAAAUGGACUAGGGAUUUAUCUAGUAAUUGCAGAAGGAAAUCAAAUGGCUCAGAACUGUGUACAGGUUCUGGUAAAUUCAGUAAAGGAGUAAGGCAUCACUUUCAUUUGAUAGAAAGUAACAUUUUGGGGGUUAAAUAUUUUAAAUAUUUUGGGGGUUAAAUUGGGAGGGCAAUAUUUACUAUUAAUAUUUAAAUGGGUUGAAGAAUUCUGUAGGAAAGAUGGAUUUCAAAUAGUUUUGCACUUUUAAUUCUGGAGUAUCUGUGCUGUAUGUACCAAUCAUUGUGAUUCUGAAAAUAAAGAUUUUGUUCUAAUCUGA